CAUCACAAUGACGUAAUCAUUGUUCAAACGGCUCUAGAGUAAUAUACUGAACACACAUAUACUAACUGUGUACUUAUCACUCGGCCAGUGUCAUUGCCAUAGCUACCAUACAUACUAUUUGUUGUGUUCACUAGAUUAUAACCCUAAUUAUGAUAAUUAUUAUAAAUAGCACAGCAUUUUGAAUUUUCGUGAAAGUUCUAAAAAUAUCUUGUUGAAUCAUUUUCGCGCUAUUUGGUCAAUGACGUUGCGCCCGCUUCCAUUACAUGUAGCUAAGUAUUUCGUGGACCUAAUUUUUGUGGAGGAUUGCUAAAACAGUAAAAAAUUAAGCUUAAAAUGUUGCACUUAGUCUUAUCCAAAUAGCUUCUUGUAUAUAUCUAUGGUACUAGAUCUGACAACCUGGCGGUCGAUGGUGGUCAAGUCAGGUCCUGCAUGCAUGGGAACUAUGUACUGGAAGAUGAACCUAAUGAAAAACUAUCUCCUGCACCCAUAGAUGCUGAGUUCCGUAGCCUUGCCCCAGAGUCUGGGGGGUCGGUGGAGUGGGUGGAGCAUCUGAUAACAUUCCUGUUGGAAAGUUGCCUUUCAGUUGGUAUAAUUAUAUAUAUAUACCGUUGUACAUUGGACUCUUCCUAAGCUGCACUCCAAUCUUAUUCCGAGAAGCUAUACUCUCAAAACACAAGCAAGCCUUCAGUAUAAUUAUGACUUGAACAUGGGUGCCUGUCUGUUAGCCUACUGUAAGAGUGCUGCUGUUAUUUUAGGAUCAUCCAAAAAAUGCCUUAUCGAUGGUGGCCGAGGACAAAAAUUAACAAAGAAUAAAGAGACACCACUUUCCAACUUGACAACAGCUCUAGCAAAUAAUAACUGCAUAGAAAAGCCACCGUCAAUAUCUUCUGGAGAAAAAGCAUGGAGAGAUCGUACCUAUCGACAGAUAACACUUGAUUCGAUUGUCAAUACUCAUCCCGAUGCCGACCAUCAUGGAGGAAUUAAUGCACUUUUAGGUACUGGAAGCAAAGAAAUUAAGUCGGGUGAAAAGUUCACUGUCUGCUGUCCCAUCAUAACCACUUCAGCCACAAGUUUGUAUGUGGAAGUUCCAGACGAAAAAAACGAACACAAAAAUGGAGCAAAAUACAGCAGUGCAGAAAGCGAUUGCCUUCAAUUCUGGUUUCAGCAGAAUGCACCUGGACAAAUACACACUCGCUUAGAAAAUCUGCCUCAAAAAUCAACUGUAGAAAUUCAUAAAAAUCCCAGUUUUCAAGGGGAUAAUAAUGCAACAAGUAUUGUGACAACUGUGAAACUACUAGAGAGCAAAUAUGAUUACGAUGUGGUGUUGACUGGCGACUCAUACGGUGGGAUCAUCCUUGAUACACUCGGACUAAAACCUAAUCAAAGUCUUCCACGUAGGCAAACUUCAAGCCAACAAAUAUUCGAACCAAAAGAAAAUCCAGUAACAAAAACUAUCAGACCAAAGCCAGAUUUAAGCCAAAUAGAUUUUUCUGAUGAGGAGCCGAAUCCAAGUCGAAAACAAAACCCAAACCGGGUACUGAAGCCAGAUUCGAGUGAAGAAACCAAGCGUAAGACUGUUGGUAUUUUCCAAGUGCCUCACCAUGGAAGCAGGGAGAAUAGUACCAUGGCAUCAACAAAAGGACGAGGCUCUAACAUGAUAUGCUGUAUGGAAUUCUAUAUGCAAUUUGAUGCUGACGUUUACUUAAUCAGUCAUGGCAUCCACCUACGCUACAAACAUCCGCAUAGUGAAGUUAUCACAGGCAUUCUCUCUGCUGCUGUCCAGAAGAAAAAACGUUGUAAGAUAGUAGUCACUGCAACACAGUUUGAAGAAUCUAAAAUUGAUGACAUGAACAUUAGCAACUGGAGGGACUAUGUUGAUAUUUUCUACUUCAAGCAAGGCACUCCCUACGUCACCCUGGAUCCUAAUGAUGAGAAACUGCCUGAGGGCUUACAGCUGUACACUAGAGAAGAGGAACGUGACAAGCGUGAACACUCUAUGUCUGUUAACUCACCAGUACCAAACAAAGCUGAGGAAACACCAAUCAAAGAAGACAGUACGUCAAGAAGCAAACGUAUGUAUCCGAAAACCUUACGCUGGAACCCAGUACCAGAUGAGAGGUUCACCCUUUCAGAAUCACUUCAAACUAUUGUACAACAGGGAAGUAAGGAUAGAGUUGCUUCAACUUGUGAAGACCGAGGUCGUACAAAUCCUGCGACUCCAGCCGGAGAGGUUGGCAUUGAGUCACAUGAACUUGACUGUACAGUGUGUGGAGAACAAACUGAACCCACUUGCGUAAUCAUGUGCAAGCAAUGCAAUUCCCGUGCCCAUGCCAAUAAAGUGUGUACCCGUUACGCUAGGGCAUCUAAGAACUACCUCUGUGCAAAGUGCCGAACAUGUACUGUUUGUAAUGAGUUAACCAAUGAAUCUGGAACGUUCACAGCUGUAUGUAAACUAUGCGGAUCUCGAGCUCAUGCUAAUGCAGAGACAAACUGCACCCGCUAUAACAAGGCGACCCAAGAGUCUAAAAACUAUAUUUGCAUCAAGUGCCGAACAUGUAUAAUUUGCAACAAUGUAACAGAUAAAUUUGGAACUGAAGUCAUCAAAUGCAGUGUGUGUGGAGCUUGUGCUCACGUUAACUGUGUAUGCCACAAGUGUAAUCAAGAUACCCAAUCAAGCAAACAGUUGUGCUGUCAAUUUUUGUAACUUCGUUAUUCAGUUUGUGUGUAUAUGCAUGUAUACAAGCACGUUGUGGCUC